GCGCGCGAAACAUAAAAAAAGUAUUAAUUCAGAACAAGCGGGAGGGAGGGAGAGAAAGGUAGCUAGCUAGCUAAAUUCGAAUCAAUAGACACAAUUUAAUAACAUUAACCAUACAACAUUUUACACGGAUAUUUGUGCCUUAUGUUUGGAAAUAAUUUAAAACGGUACAGAAGUUUUGGUUUCCCGAUUUUAAUGAAGCUUCACUGCGAAUAAAGUCAAGAUGUGUCUGGUGGUCCAUCAACAACAGGGUAACACUGUCACUGAUUGACUGUGGGUAAUGAACAGGCCGGUGUUAACUGUUGAUUGUUCUAGACAGUUUCCUAGGCUAGGUGUGACAUUAACCACGGAAUGUCCGGCUGGCAAACGUAACCGUAUGCUCUUUGUGGCAGCUGAGAGAGAAGGCGCCGCAAGCACCACAGCCAUUUCGGCGACCCAACAUUGAACAGAGAUGCAGUGGAGCUCCCUGCUGAGGUCUCAGUAGCUGAGAGUGAUUCAGACAGCGGGAUGGGCUCACCGGAGGAGAUGCAAAUGGCUUCUGAGAUGAUUGGCAAUACUGUUGACCUGCAAGAUUCGGAUGAUGACAUGACAGUAAACAGGCGGUCCCAUUGUCGUAAGGCCUUGAGAGACAGUGACUGCGAGGAGGUGCAUGAGAUGGCAGAGGCUCUGGUCCUAUCAGCAUCCAGUGGAGAUGAGAUGGAGACUGCUGAGAAAGAGGUCAAAAAGGCUAAAUUAGAGAGCAAGAAGAUAUCCCGGAUAGCCCCUGUCGACAGUGAUGAAAGCACGACAGAGGAUGAGGAAGAGCUGGUAAGAAAGGCUGUGAAACUGAAGAAGGAAGGGAAGAAAAGGGAGAAGAGCCAGCGACACCAAGAGAAGAAAGAAAAGGACAGCAAGGCUCUGGAGUGGCAGAAGAAGAGAGGGAGACUUGAGGAGGAGACCCCUUUGCCCCGUACUCUGAAUGACAGCGCUUGUCUCCUUGUUAACAAUGACCUGUAUGAUGCUGGUCUGGAUGAUGAUGAAGAGGAAGAGUCUCUGGAUGCCAUCAGAGCAGCAGUAAAACAAAAAGCCAAGAUGCACAAAGAGCCUUUAUUUGACGAGGAGGGAGAUGAAGAGGCUGGACCGAAACAGCGUCCCCAGGAAAGGAAGGCAGCUCGAGCCGGCAAAGAGGCCAUGAAGCAGCUGCACAGUGAGACCCAGAGGCUUGUCCGUGAAUCCACAUGCGGGCUGCCCUAUCACAUGCCUGAGCCCAAGAGCAUCGACCAGUUCUUCAAGAGGAGAGCCCGACCUGAAGGUUCUGCUAUGGCACUACUCAAGUCUGCCAAGUAUCAGGACUUGAUAAAGGAGGCAACCCCAGCACCACCUCCCCCAGACCCACCCAAGGAGCCCCAACAGCCCCCAGACUCCCUGGACCCACACUCAACCCAGGCUCUUUCCCAGCUACCGGCCACCACCUCCACACACCAGGAGAACCAGAGCAGGGCAGGUGAGACCUCUUCAACCCCGGAUUCCGACGACGGUGAAUCCCCACUGGCUGCCAUUAUGCAGGGGGCCAAUAUUUUUUUACGUUUGGAUAGUGCUGAAAUGGCACCACCAGAAUUUAUGGAGGCUGAACCACUGGAGCAGAACCAGGCAGAGGCCUCCGUCUCCCAAGCCCAGGAGAUGGAGGCGAAAGCAGGGGAUGUGGAUGUAACUCAGCCCCUACCUGCUCCGGCCAGUGUGGAGCCCGUAGCUCCACCAGUCCCCAAACCCAAGAAGGACAGGCUUGCCAGACUGAGGGAGUUGGGGGUAGAGCCUCCGCCGGUCUCCAAACUGUGUGCUGAUGAUGGGUCCUUCGAUCUGGAGCCCCCUCGGGUUAACCCAGGCGUAGAGGCGCUGAAGGAGCGGUACCUACGUCACGUCCAGCCCGUGGCCCGGCCCAGAGGGGAACGCACUGUGCAGCUCAGCGUCAUCCGUAAAGACAGCAGCGAGGUGCUCCACCAAGACUUUGUAACCACCACCAUCAAGGAAGGGGAGGAGGAGGCUGCACACACCGCGCCUGGUGAGAAGCUGACCAACCUGAAGACCCGUCUGCAGCAAGCCAUGGCUGUAAAGAGACAGGAGGAUAGAGAACGGAAGGCUGCCCUCUAUCGCCUAGACAACGAGGACUGUGGCGAGGACGAGGAGGAAGAGGAAAUGACGGAUUCCGAGGGGGAAGAGGGUGUAGAUGAGCUACUGGGGGGUGGCGAGGAAGAGGAUCAGGAUGAAGAUGAGGGCAGUGUGGCCCAGAGGAGUGUAAGGAGCCCCUCCCCGUCAAGGUUAAAGUGUCCCUCUCCCCCACCAGACCUGCCCAACACAGAAGGAACCCUCAUGCUGUUUGCCAACAGCUCCUGCUCGCGCACCGGAGAUGGUGUAAAGAGGACAGAGCCUGGUGGUCAAGACAGUUACACAAAGAUGGAGGAGGAAUAUUCUCUGUCCCUGGCCAAGGACAACAGUCACAACAGUAGUUUUGAGCUGCAGGGCUCCAUGCUGCCCUCCUACCAGCCUGUCAACUGCAGCACCACAGGAGGCAGGGGUCUGUCAGCCAGCACCUUCCGCUCCCCCUCACCCUGCUUCUUCCGACCCAGCUUCCUGGGAUCUGCCUCCAAGAGUUCAGGCAAACUCUCCGAGCCCUCCCUCUCGCUGCCCGUGGAGGACUCCCAGGACCUGUACACUCCCCACUCCCCCGGUGAGUCUUCUGGACCCCUGGGGGCCCCGUCUCAGGGAUGCUUCUCUGUGGAGGACUCCCAGCUCUUGGAUGCCGACGGCUUCCUCAAUGUGGGGCCCCGCACCGGCCCCCUGCGCUCCCACAAGAGACAGCUCCUACUCGACAGCCUGGAUGAGAACGCUAUGGAUGCUAACAUGGGGGAGCUGUUAGGAAUGUGCUCUGGGGGGUUCGGGACGGCCAGAGAGGGCAGCGUGGGGGGUCUUGGGGCCUCUCAGGAAUUGUUAGGGCUGUGUUCGGGAGUGUUCCCUACCACACAGAAGGGGGGAGUGAAAGAGAGGAAGCGAGAGGGAGGGCUAGGGGCAACGCAAGAGGAUGAGCUGCUGGGGCUCUGUUCGGGAGUGUUCACUAGCGCACAGGCUGAAAGGGAGAAGGAAGGAGCGGAAGGGAGGAAGAGGGAGGAGGAGAAGAUGGAGUUGGAAAUGGACCGAGACAAUGACAUGGAUCAGCUGCUCGGCCUCUGCUCUGGGAAGUUUACUACUCAAGGUGUCUCCCCCUUGCGAUCCAACUCGAGCCCCACCCCACACUCUUCAACCGCUGAAGACGGUAGUAAGAAGCGGGUGGAGGAGGAGGAAGACGAUUGCGAGUUUCGGCUUCUGUCAGACGUGGAGAGCCAGAGUGAGCAACAGGAUGAUGAGGAGGAUGGAGAGAACGAGGUAGAAGAGGAGAGGGAGGCUGUGUUUGCACCCCAUCAAGGAAAGAAGAAAAUGCGCAUAACAGAGUUUGUGGACUCUGAGGCUGAGCUCUCAGGAAGUGACGUGGGCAGUGAGGAUGAGGAUGACGGUGACAAUGAAUAUGAGGAAGAGGAGCUGCUGGACGAACUGCCUUCUGAUGAAGAGCUGCAGGACCAGGUCAACAAGAUCCACAUGAAACAGGUCCUUGACGACGACAAGCGGCGACUGAGGCUGUACCAGGAGCGUUACCUCGCCGACGGGGACCUGCACUCAGACGGCCCGGGCCGAGCUCGCCGCUUCCGCUGGAAGAACAUCGAUGAUGGCUUUGACAUGGAUGGCAUGGGGGUGGAGGGGGAGGAAGAGGAGGAGGAAGAAGAGCUGGACCAGGCAGAGCUGCAGAGGAGGAAAGAGAGGCUGGAAAGGGAGCACUGGCUACGAGAACAGGCCGACGCUAAGGCUAAGAAAGAGGAGGACGAGGAAGAGGGGGACCAAAUUGGAGAGGAGGACAGCCAGUUCAUGAAGCUCGCCAAGAAACUGACUGCCAAGAAACUACAGAAGAAAGAGCUGCCUCUUGCACCCCAGGCGGAGAGAACCCCAGUUCAGAACCCCUUCCAGAGACCCUCUCAACCCACCAUGGUGAAGAGGGGCUCGUUGCUCAGCCAGCCCCGCUCGGUGCUGCAGAAGCUGGCCUGCAUCUCUGAGGGGAACCCUCUAGCCCCCCGCAACACCCGAGGGUUCGUCUUCCAAAGCCUGUCGCCAGAGAAAGAGGCCUCUGCUGCGGAGGCCCCUAAAAAACAGAUGAAGAAGCGGGGACAAAUAGAGGUUUUGGCCCCGGCUGCUAAGCGGCCAUGUCGGGGAGAAGACACACCAGCAGCGAAAGGACCCCAAAGAAGUAUCUUCUGUUACCUGGAGAACUGAGGUGCCCAACAUUGUGCCUGUUGUGCCAAUCACACUCACAAUCACGCUACCACAACAUUCACACUUUCUCCCAGGGCCACAUUGGCUCUUUUGGACAGCACUUGACUGACUUUGUGUCCUGAAUUAUUAUUAUUUUUAUAUCAUGUAAAUAGAAUGGGUUAGAUGUUUUAUUUUUUUUUGGGGGGGGGGGAAUUACAUUUAUUGUAAGUUUGUGAAAUUAAAUCAUAUUUUAACACA